UCAUCAUUAAACAUAUCAACAACAACAAUUGUGAUCAUCAUAUUGGGGUUAGCUUCAACACCAAUGUUGGUGAAAGGGAUGAGGUUCGAUUUAAAAACAGGAGCCACAAAAUGCAUAACCGAAGAUAUUAAACUCAACGCAAUGACCGUUGGCAAGUAUAGCAUUGUUAACCCUGUUGAAGGCUUUCCGUUAUCUGAUGAAGAUCGAAUUACUGUCAGGGUAACUUCGCCGCUUGGGAACAAUUAUCACUAUGCAGACCGUAAAAAUUCUGGUAAUUUUGCGUUCACUGCAGGUGAGACUGGUGAUUACAUGACUUGUUUUUGGGCAUCUAAACAAUCUCCAGAAAAGUCGUUGUCUAUUGAUUUCGAUUGGAAAUCAGGCUUGGCUGCUAAAGAUUGGUCUAAAGUGGCUAAAAAGGGACAAGUUGAAAUGAUGGAACUUGAGUUGAAGAAAUUGUACGAUUCAGCCAUCACUAUCCAUGAAGAGAUGUUCAUGCUUCGUGAGAGGGAGGCAAUGAUGCAACAUCUAAUUACAUCGACUAACGUGAAGAUGGAGACUUUUACUUUUUUGUCCCUUGUAAUAUGUUUAUCAGUAGCUGCUCUGCAACUAUGGCAUUUGAAGGCAUUUUUCCAGAGGAAGAAGCUCAUUUAGUUUUCCUCCACAAACUUCAACUUUCUUUUUCUUUUGACAUAUCAUAGAAGAUU